CAGAUGAUGAUAGCAGCAAUCUACGCAGUUAUUUCAUCAGAUUAUACAUAAAAUUUAAGAAACUAUUGGAGUACACGUAUUUACUCGAGCCCUUGGGCUUCAAGCCCAGGCUCUAAGAGAAAACAAGAACAUGUCAGCCAGACUUGUUCUAUCUAAGGCUUGGAAGCACGGGAGGCAAGUGGUUCAAAAUGUUAUCCGUAACAAAAUCGGAAAGCCGCCAGUUGCCGAGAGGGCAAAGCCUGUUAACAUCGGCAAAAUCCACCAAGAACGACAGCUUUUAAUAGGGAGAUUAUUUCCUCAUCUUCCCACUCGAACGCUGGCGAGUGAACUGCGCAGAAGAGCUGCUACUCGUUUUGCAUUGCCCGGUCGACCAACUCUUCUACCUACUUUCGCUUUUGCCUUUGCUGGAUUUGCACUCCAAGGUCAACAACAGGAGACUGCAAAAGACGAUCUUUCAUCAGAAGUCCGAGAAAUUUUCCAUGAGCACCAUGAGAAAGGAUCCAUUUUUGACAAAGUACAACAACUGUCACUGGGAGUUUUCGACUUGGGGAAUCUGAUUGGUCAAGGCUGUAAUGCUGCAGUGUACAAAGCAAAGUUCAAAGCACCUCAAGAUGAAGUUGUCCUACCUCCAGAAAGUGACACGGAAAAUGAUGCCUUCCUAGAUGACAUCAGGAAUGGAAAUGAUGAUGACUCUGACUCUGUCUUUGACUCUGACUCUGACUUUGUUGUCCUUGGAGACUUAUCUGAUCAGGAGGAUGAAAUGGCAGAUGAUUCUCUGGUCAUUUGUAGUUCAGGGGCACAAGGAGAGACCACUGUAACAGGUCCUAGCCUGGUGGAAGAACAAGAGGAGACAACUUUUCCCGAUCCUCACCAAGAACAGGAGACUGAUGACUAUAACCUGGCGAUAAAAAUGAUGUACAACUAUGACAUUGAGUCCAAUGCAGAUGCCAUAAUGUGUGCCAUGCUAAAGGAAGCUGUCCCAGCGAGGUGGUUGACUGUCAACCAAGAUGAUAAUGCGCUCUGGCAAAAUGGGAACCGAGUUCGCCUGAAAUCAUUACCAGCCCACCCCAAUAUUGUUGAGAUGUUGGGUGUGUUUGUAGACCCGUUACCAGAUCUGCCCGAUGCCUUGGAUAACUAUCCAGCUGCUCUCCCUCAAAGACUGAACCCUCAAGGCCUUGGGCGUAACCAAACAAUGUUCCUUGUGAUGAAAAAGUAUGAUCUAACACUGAGACAGAUUUUAAGGCAGGAGGAGUUAUCUCCCCAUAUCAGGUGUCUGCUUCUCUGCCAGCUGUUAGAGGGCUCAGUUCAUCUUAAACAACACGGAAUCGCACACAGGGAUUUGAAGAGCGACAACAUCUUAUUGGAUUGUCAUAAUGAGGGCACUGCCCCUCAUCUUGUGAUAAGUGAUUUUGGAUGCUGCUUAGCUGACGAGGAGAAUGGUCUACAACUUCCGUACCCCACUAUUGAAAUUAACAAAGGAGGAAAUGGAGCAUUGAUGCCACCAGAGAUAUCUUGUACAGCACCAGGACGUAAUGUAAAACUGGACUAUAGUAAAUCUGACCUCUGGGCAAUUGGAUCACUUGCUUAUGAGAUAUUUGAUCAAGAUAACCCUUUCUAUGGUGGAGCAAGGAUCACAAGGAAAUUAGACGGAAGAACUUACCAUGAUAGUGAUAUUCCAUCAAUGUUAGGUGAUGUUCCUGAUGUUGUCAAGUUUUUGGUUCCAAGGAUGCUUCAUCGUGAUCCAGCUCAGAGACCAGAACCAGAAAUGGCUGCAAACCUGCUCCAGAUUUACCAUCACUUCCCAGAAUGGUUACGUCCUGGAAACACACCAUCAAAGCAGCACAUCACUGAAAACGUGAUGUUACUUGUAACACAGAUGUUAAUUGGCUGGAAGUUAAAAGGUGAAAGGUUAUAUACAGUGGAGAAACAGCUACAACUCACUUUCCUGAGAAGACUGGUCAUCUCAGAUUUGGUGCAUGCUUUGGCAUAUUACCAUGGAAACUGACUUACAAAACACUUUCAUUUUGUGAUUUCAACUUGUGAGAAAGAGCUUUACAGAUUAUAUUGAAGAACAAUUCUACAAUUUUUAGAUUUGAUGAUCUUUGAAUUUGCUUUAAUAUCUUUACUAUAGGUAAAUGUAUGAUAUGUUAUAUUUUACUUUGCUUGUCAUGUAAGAAAAACUUUGAAGACAAUAACUUCUGAAAAAUCAUUUCUAUAAAUAGACUACCAUGAUGUGAUAUACUCUACUACAGAGGUGUUAGACUAAAAUUAUUAUCUGCAUUACAUGGAAAAAAUAUAAAUAUUAUUGAAAAGUAUUCUUAUUGAGUAGAGAUAAGAUUCUGGGAUUCUGUUAUUUCCCUUUAGUUAUUUUUAUUUUACUUGGAGAAAUAAACCUCGCUUUGUUAUUGAU